CGGCAACUUCCAGAUGAUUCCAGUGAGUGCGUGGUUUGGAGCAACAACAGUGGCUGCAUACAAGACACUGGAUGAAGACGAAGCAGAAGAGGAGUUCAGAGAGACAAGAUCCUGAAUCACUUCAACCUUAUGUUGCAAAAAAGACUGAAGGAUGAGCAGGCAGACGACGAAGAAGAUCAGUCUUCUGCCAUAGGAAAGUUGAAUCCUUCUGAAAUGGGUUUAAACUCAAUGAAGGAAGCCAGCCUUUCUUCUGGAGGUUCCGCUUUCCUGAAGAGUCUGGGUGCAGAGAAGGGAGGAAACUCGAAAGUGUAUUACAAAAACGUAUUGAAGACAGCUUCAUCUGCACUAAAAAUCUCAGAUUACGACGACGACUACAUGAGUUCAUCGGGAGAAGAAGAAGAGGGUGGUUUUGACGACGACGAGGCCUCGGGUGGUGGUAAGAAAAAGAAGAAAGGAAAGAAGGGUACAGGGGACGAUGCAGAUGAGAAGCCUAUGGUGGUGGGGGGUAAGAAGAAGAAGAAAGAUGGCCAGUCUGCUGUGGAGGGGGAGGAGGGGGACGAAGUGGAGGAGGAGAGUGACGAUGGGGAUGUGGAGGGGCUGGAGUAUGACUACAACGAGGCAGAGAGCUCCCCCAGUGAGGGUGAGUCGGAAGAUGAAAACGAGACUGUAGCAGAUGACAAGAAGGCAGUGCCAGUUGAGAUGGACAAUGUGAUUGAGGAAGAGAACGAACUGGAUCAGCCGGAAGAGGAUGCAGAUGCAAGCAAUGAUGGCCACAAGGGAGGGGAGGGGUCGGGAAAAGGGGCGGACGAAGAUGGAAGGGGCGGGAAGAACUCGGGCAAAGGAGAUGCGGGCAAAAGGAAAAGAGGUACUGCCAAUUCCUCUCCGAAUGACUCGAGUGAUGACGACGAUGACUCAGACGAGGACCCAGACAACGUCACUUCUAUCCUGUUUCUCGCUAGCUCAAAACUAGGGAAGGAGAAAUCAGAAGGCGAAGGUCAAAGUAGUUCAUCGGGGAAGACUUCUGCUGACGGUUCUUCUAAAGGUGCUAAUGGAACAUCAGCCGGGAAUGGAAGCGCAGCUGGUCCGAAUCUGACUGAGAAACAGGCGAAGACAGCUGCAGUGCUCUCCAGUGCAAAAGUUGACACUCCAUCGACAAGUAGUGGGAAACGGAAAGCAAGAACAGACUCUCCAAAGGAAAGCAAGAGAGCGAAAACAGAAUCUAAGUCGGGUGACUCUCUGGAGGAGCUGAUCAAGAAGUACGUGAAGCGCAAGCCGACUGCCACUGGGGAGCUGCUGAUCAAAGUGAAGAAGAGUAAACCUGACUUGAGUAGUGCAGAACUAGUUAAGCUGCUGGUGGAUACCAUGUCCAAUCUAGGAGUGAAGAGCAAGACUCUCAAUGGCAAGACUAUGUGGUACAUGAAGGAGGAGAAAUGAAAUGAAAAUAAAGGAAGUGAAAAACGAGUCUAUCCUCAUUCGACCCUUAUAUAACCAUAUAAGUAAGGCACCCACAAAUAAUAAAAACACCUACAGACACCAGUCUUUGGAUACGACUUCCUUGUCAUUUGCGUGGAUACUAUCAAAAGGCAUUUCUAGUUUUUCUUGCAUUUGAAGUCUUCAUAUUGUAGAGAAAAUUAACUUUUUGCGUGGUCAUAUUAUUGAUGCUGAGUUUGUAAGAAAAUCUGGAAGACUUGAGAGAGAACGAAUGGAUGGAGAGAAAGUUGCGUUUGAAACCCCAGCAAAUCAACUUUAUGAACUGAAACUGUUAUUAAUCUGCUAACAUCGCUAGUUGCCUAUAGUGAUAAUCGGCAAUAUCGAUGGGAAAAUUGACAGAUUAAAUGUUUUGAAGCUUGAUUUGAAUUUAAUUUUCUUUUGCGAAAUGAUCUUCUAACUCAUAUGCUGUAUUUGGAUAUAUAAGCGUUGUCCAUCGAUGCGUGUUAACUGAAAUUUUUGAUAAAUUGUUUUCGUAUUUUUAAAUUUAUUUUCUCGUGUUGAAUAAUAUAGCUUUACUUCGA